CAAUCCGAUGGUCUGGUAGGCGGAGACUUGACGCGUGAGAGGCGGGACUUACCGGAGCCUCCAUCACUUCCUGUGCCGCAGCCUGUAAACCUCUACGCUUCCAUUCUGGGCUUCAAUACACAGACACAGUGGGCCCGGCGCUUCAUUAAAACACCCCCCCCUUUUCGAAUAUAUAUAUCUAUAUAUAAGUGUGAAUUCAGCGGCUCAGAAUGGAGAUAUCUGGUAACUCGAGUAAGAAGCAGAAACUGAGUAACGCGCCUGAGAGCUGGGGGAUGCAAAGAGCCACCAAUGUGACGUAUCAAGCCCAUCACGUGAGCAGAAACAAGCGUGGCCAGGUAGUCGGCACUAGAGGAGGCUUUCGAGGAUGCACGGUGUGGCUUACAGGUUUGUCUGGUGCGGGUAAGACGACGGUCAGCAUGGCUCUGGAGGAGUAUCUGGUGUGUCAUGGCAUCCCCUGCUACACUCUGGAUGGAGAUAACAUCAGGCAGGGCCUCAAUAAAAACCUGGGCUUCAGCCCUGAAGACCGCGAGGAGAACAUUCGUCGUAUCGCAGAAGUGGCAAAACUGUUUGCUGACGCUGGGCUUGUGUGCAUCGCCAGCUUCAUUUCCCCAUACAGCAGGGAUCGUCUGAAUGCAAGGAAGAUCCAUGAAGCUGCUGGCCUUCCAUUCUUUGAGGUGUUUGUAGAUGCUCCUCUGGAUGUGUGUGAGCAGAGAGAUGUGAAGGGGCUCUAUAAGAGAGCUAGGGCUGGAGAAAUCAGAGGGUUCACUGGAAUAGACUCUGAGUAUGAGAAGCCAGAGGCCCCUGAACUUGUACUGAAGACGGAUUCUUGCAAUGUGAACGACUGCAUCCAGCAGCUUCUGGACCUCCUGCAGGAGAGGGACAUAGUUCCUGUGGACGCAUCCUACGAGGUCAAGGAGCUCUAUGUGCAAGAGAACAAGCUGGACUUGGCAAAGGCUGAUGCUGAGACUCUUCCAGCAGUGGAGAUCACUAAGGUGGACAUGCAGUGGGUUCAGGUGCUCGCUGAGGGCUGGGCCACUCCUCUGAACGGCUUCAUGAGGGAGGGAGAGUACCUACAGUGCCUGCACUUCAACUGUCUGCUUGACGGUGGGGUUAUUAACCUGUCGGUGCCAGUGGUCCUCCCUGUUUCAAGUGCCGAUAAGGAGCGUCUGGAUGGCAGCACUGCGUUCGCGCUGGCCUACGGUGGUCAGAGGGUCGCGAUACUGCGAAACCCAGAGUUCUACGAACAUCGUAAGGAAGAGCGUUGUGCCCGGCAGUGGGGCACCACAUGCAAGGAUCAUCCAUACGUCAAGAUGGUGAUGGAGAGCGGAGAUUGGUUGGUCGGUGGUGAUCUCCAGGUGCUGGAUCGGAUCUACUGGAAUGACGGGCUGGAUAGUUACAGGCUCACACCAACCGAACUUAAGCAGAAGUUUAAAGAGAUGAAUGCAGAUGCCGUCUUUGCCUUCCAACUGCGGAACCCAGUGCAUAAUGGCCAUGCGCUGCUCAUGCAGGACACGCAGCGGCGUCUAAUUGAACGUGGCUAUCGUCGACCCGUGCUUCUGCUUCACCCACUGGGCGGCUGGACCAAAGAUGAUGACGUGCCACUGGCCUGGCGCAUGAAACAGCAUGCGGCUGUCCUGGAGGAGGGACUGCUUGACCCCAAAUCCACCAUAGUGGCCAUUUUCCCUUCACCAAUGAUGUACGCCGGCCCAACAGAGGUGCAGUGGCACUGUAGGGCCCGGAUGGUGGCUGGGGCCAACUUUUACAUAGUGGGCCGUGACCCCGCAGGAAUGCCUCACCCAGACACAGGUAAAGACCUCUACGAGCCCUCCCACGGGGCUAAAGUUCUCACCAUGGCCCCUGGACUCAUAUCUUUGGAAAUUGUGCCUUUCAAAGUAGCAGCCUACAAUAAAGCCAAGAAGGCCAUGGAUUUUUAUGACCCCAAAAAGUAA